AAGCAAGGCACCUUCAUUCCAACAGCAACUCUGAUUGCUUUCCAUGUCGUCGACAAGGAGGACCUCCAAUUCUUUGUCUGUUUAAUCUUCACAGUCCAUUGUCAUAUAAGUACUCACCCUUACUUUCUGUGUUCUUUUAACAUUACCCGCGGCGUCCUUCGUCCGCAACUUCAUCAUGGUUGUCAAAUCCAUGAUUCCGUCCCCGAGACGAUGGGCCGCCCUUGUCUCCUUCUGCCUCGCACCAGCUUUAGCCGUCGCUGUAAACGAUGCGACCACAACAAAAGCUGCAGCUGCCGACUACUAUGUUCGCGAUCUUCCGGGCUUGCCCACCGAUGGGCCCGAUGUCAAGAUGCAUGCUGGUCAUAUCGAAGUCACCCCAGAUACGCAUGGGAACUUGUUCUUUUGGCAUUUUGAGAACCAACACAUCGCCGAUAGACAACGGACUGUUAUUUGGAUCAAUGGUGGACCAGGCUGCAGUUCAGAAGAUGGCUCCAUGAUGGAAAUUGGCCCCUAUCGGCUCAAGGAUCAAGACCAUUUGGUCUACAACAAUGGCUCGUGGAACGAAUUCGCCAACCUGCUGUUUGUCGAUAACCCUGUAGGCACAGGCUUCAGCUCGGUCGACACCAAUAACUAUAUACACGAACUUAAGGAAAUGGCGGAUCAAUUUGUCAAAUUCCUUGAGAAGUGGUUCGCUCUCUUUCCCCAGUAUGAUCGCGACGAUAUAUACAUCGCAGGCGAGUCUUACGCCGGACAGCAUAUCCCCUACAUCGCUAGGGCUAUUCUCGAUCGCAAUAUGAAGAAUCCUACAACCGCAUGGAGCCUGAAAGGGCUGUUGAUCGGCAAUGGCUGGAUCGACCCAAUCGAGCAAUAUCCCGCUUACAUUACAUAUGCCAUUCAGAAGGGUCUGAUCAAGAAGGACUCCGACGAGCACAAGCAACUGCAAGGCGAUCUGCGCAAUUGUGAAAGAAUGAUGGCCUCGGAUGUUGGCCAUGUGGAUUACGGCGAAUGCGAAGCUAUCUUGUCAAACAUGCUCAGGCUAACCAAGAACGGUGACGGCGAUAAUGCAUGCGUUAACAUGUACGAUGUGCGACUGAAAGAUUCAUACCCCAGCUGUGGCAUGAACUGGCCUCCGGAUCUGGUGCACCUAACUCCUUACUUGAGAAAGCCCGAGGUUACGAAAGCCCUUCACGUCGAUGGCAUUAAGAAAUCUGUCGGUUGGACCGAGUGUAACGGUGCUGUUGGAGGCGCCUUCAACGCAAGGAAGUCUAAACCCUCGGUUGAUCUCUUGCCCGCUCUCCUUAAGGAAGUCCCCAUCAUGCUCUUCUCCGGAGCCGAAGAUCUCAUUUGCAACCACAUUGGAACCGAAAACAUGAUUAGCAAGAUGGAGUGGAACGGCGGGAAGGGUUUCGAAGUAACACCCGGUAACUGGGCUCCUCGGCGUGACUGGACUUUUGAGGACGAGGCAGCUGGUUUCUGGCAAGAGGCCCGGAACUUAACAUAUGUUCUUGUCUAUAACUCUUCCCACAUGGUCCCUUUCGACCUUCCACGACGAAGCCGAGAUAUGCUGGACCGCUUCAUGGGCGUUGAUAUCAGCAGAGUUGGUGGCGACCCUGCUGACAGUCGCAUCGAUGGCGAGAAGGGGCCAAAGACCAGUGUUGGCGAUGCUAAGAACAGUACCAAGACCGCUGACGAGGAACACCAAAAGCAGUUGGAUGAGGCCAAGUGGGCAGCAUACUACAAGUCUGGCGAAAUUGUUCUGGUCAUCGUCGUCAUUGGUGUCAUCGUCUGGGGAUACUGGAUCUGGCGUGAACGUCGCAGGGGCGCUGCCUAUUCUGCUUUGGCUGAUCACGAUCUUUCCAGCCGACCCAACGGCCAUCGAGCCAAGUCACAGCCUGGUGAUCUUGAGUCGGCGGCUUUUGAUGAAAGCGAACUAGACGAUUUGCAUGUAACAACACCGGGAACUAGCAACAGUGCUAGGUUUCCAGCGAAUCAUGACAGUAGCGAAAAGUUUGUCACCAAGUACGCCGAAUAAUGGAAAACCAGCGGUCAUGGAUGGGCCUCGUUUCUACCUGGACAAGAUUCUUCUGGUUGUAUAAUUUAGCUGGCGCCCUGGUUCUUUUGCAUAAAGUGGUUGGUUGUGUCACAAUUGGGAGGUCUGGCGUUU